UGAUUUGUUGAAUGUUCUAAGUACUGACAACAAACACAAAUUUGUCAAUCAAUAAAUUUUGAGUUACCAAUCUGUUAUAUAAAAUCCGAAAACUACAUCAGGCCAAAACACAUCCAAGGUAAAAUGUCAAGUGCUAUUACAGCCAUGUUCUUGCUUCUCUUCUCCUUUGUCAGUUGCGACCCGCAGACAGUGCAAGAUGUCGGGCCGACUCCAGAGUUCCAAGUACUUCGAGAAGGGGAGGUGUACUACUGCUGCGACUUAGGUAUGAACCGAGAGUUGCCGGCUGUUUAUUGCUACGAAGGAUCUCCUUGGGGAAUAUUCCACAUCUGGCGAACCGUGUCGAUCUUGAUAGAUCUGCCUGCGGAACAGUAUGAUCUUUACAAGGGAGUGGACAGUAGGAAGGUCUUGGAACGGUUCGAGGCCCGGGCAUCCUCUUGGAACUGGAACAUAUUCUGGAACAACGAACAGAAGAGCUAUAUUAGUCUUGACCCUUUUAACAGCACUUGUUUUGGAAUAAAAACACACCAUGAUUACACCAUCAAGCUGGAAGCUGUCGAAGAAAACUAUUUCCGUCUGGCUAUCUUUGCUCUAGGUCUUUCGCUGUUCUUCCUGUCACCACAUCUAGCCAGUACCUCAGUCUUUUACUACUUGAUGGGAAUCUGUGUUGGAACUGCAUUAUCUGUUUUGGUGUUGGUCUACUUACUCCUGAAGCUACUGCCCUUGAAGAGAUCGGUUAUGUUCGGAAUGGUGGUCGGAGGAUCGUCAUUAACUUACUUCUUUUUCAAAGCCUUCUCGAUCCACUUCAUUGCAAUGUUGGCCAGUAACCAACAGUACAUCUUCAGCUACCUGUCGUUUUCGGCCUUAGUCAGCUUCAUCGUCUGCUACAGGAUCGGCCCUGCGACCGAUCCUCGCACCAGGAACCUUGUCAAGUGGUUCUUACAAGCGAUCGCCCUGACCGUGAUCUUCUACAGCAGCCACGUGAGGGAGUUCACUGCAACGGUCGACAUCUUACUGCUCUGUGAGGCAUGCUUCCAUUACAGCAAAUGGCCGAGAUGGCUCCAGAAUGUGCUCUUCAAGGCUCCAAACACCCAAGUAGUAAUGAAGAAAGAUAACAGACGAACGAAAGACUAUGCGGAGUAUCAGAAAUGUAUUCGGUGGCAGGAGCUUUGUCAGAAAAUGAUCGCUGGUAACAAACAAUGUUCUCUAAUUUAUGAACGAGUGAAACCAUCUUCAAGUCUGUUAGAUGACGAUUCAGACAGUGAGUAAACAUCUCAUUCAAAAUGAUUUUUGUAAUUUACAAAAUUUAAACAAAUAAAGUUAAAUACUUGUACGUUA